AUGUACGGGCUUCCAUCCCCCGAUGAGGGGCUCGAUUAUGGAGGGCAGGCAGCUGCUGCGGAGGAGAUGGAAGAGGAGGUGGUCCAGGAUGAGCAGAUGGCGACACUUGCCGAGGAAAUUGAAGAGCGCUUGCGGCAACAGCGCAGGGAGAAGCUGUACCACCAGAUGGAGGAGGUCAAGCAACUCAUGCGAGCAGAGCUCGCCCAGCAAGGCGUCGAUCUUGACGAUCGUAACGGUCACAAGCUCCCGGCGGAAGCGAUUGAACAUCUCGACUUUGGAGAGGACGUCGAUCAGUGGGUGAAGCUCGCCGUCAAGCUUCAGAAUGCCUUGGAGGACGCCGAGGAGCGAUUGGCACACGCAGGCGCCGAGUUGCAGAAUGCAAACGUCGAAAUCGAGGGCCUGGGCCGCACGGUGGAGUUGCAGGAGCGCAGGAUGGAUGCGCUACGCGAGGAAAAGGAGCAUUUGCGGCAGAGGGCUGGAAGCAGCCCUCCUCCGCGAGGGGUCCUUGUGCUUCCGUCUCGCGAUCCCCGCCUGAGCGAGAAAGAGCAGGAGAUCGCCCGCCUGUGUAAUGAAAAUCGAAGGCAGCGAAUUGAGAUGGAAAAGAUCAAGGCCGAGCUGAGUGAGGCCAACAGCAAGCUGGCCAGCGAGCAGCAGAAGGGACAGAAGCUACAGACCACCCUCUCCAAGGCCCGAGGUGUUGUGGAGCACGAGCGAGUGAAGCGACGGAAGGUGGACAGCGCCCAGGAGGAGAGCGAUCGCGACCGCCAGAGCCUCCAUCGCGCCCAGAUGGCGCUCAUGGAGGAGAAGCGUCAGGGCGCCCUGCUCGCCCAGCAACUGCAGAGCGUGCGCGACGAGCUGGCCCGCGAGCGCGAGGCCUCAGCCGCCAAGCAGCGCCAGGUAACCGAGCUGCAGGCUGAGCUGGCCGCGCGCGACCAGGAGCGCCGGCAGUGGGAGGCCGAGCGACAGCAACUGCUGAGCGCGCACGACGCCGAGCGGAGCGUGUGGGAGGCCGAGCGACGGCAGGAGAAGCGCAAGUGGGACGAUGACCGCGAGCGCGAGCGGAAGGAGCUCGUGGCCCGCCACGAGACCGAGCGCGUGCGACGCGAGGCGGCCGAGGCGGCGCGGAGGCGCGACGAGGAGGAGCGGUGGAAGCGCGAGCGGGAACAGCAGGAGGAGGCGAAGAAGGUCGCAGAGAUGAUGAAGGAGCGCGAACGCGCGGCUAAGAGGAAGCGCGUGGACGACGAAGAGGAAGAGGAGGAGCCGGAACGCGACGACGAAGACGAAGAAGGCCUGGAGGAGGAAGAAGGCUCGGGCGAGGAGAUGGUACAGGAGGAGCUGGUCGAAGAGGAGGCUGCCGAGGAGGAGGAGGAGGAGGGCAAGCCCGAAGUCCGGAAGGCAUCGCCGGCGGAGACGAGCGAGGCCGCCGGCGAAGAGGAGGAGGCGUCUCUCGAAAGACAAGAAGAAGAGAAGGAGAGCGUCGAAGCGGACGUCAUGGACACCUCGGGUGAGGCGGCCGUCGCGGCAGCAGCCACCGAAAAGCAGCAGCAGGAGGAAGCAGAGGAGAAGGAAGAGAAGCGCGACGCCGUGAAGGAGCGGCGAGACGAAGAGGAGGAAGAGGAAGGUAGCGAGGAGUCUAGCGGCAGCGUAAGCGAGGACGAGGAGGAGGAGGAGGAGGAGGAAGAAAGGAGGACACGAAGCGUGCGAUCACUGAAGGAGAAGAUGAGGAAGAAGCGUCAAGAGAUGGAGGAAGAGGAAGAGGAGGAGAAUGACGAAGCGAAGAGUUGGAGAGCUCUGACGAGGAGCAGGAAGACGACGACGAAGAAGAAGGCGAAGAGAUGGAGACGAGGAAUGGCGGAUGACGAAGACGAAGACGAGGAUGAAGCGGAGGAAGAGGAAGAAGAGAGCGAGGAGGCAGAGCACUCCAUUCCCGCGAGGAGACGCUGGCCCGGCAAGGAAGUGCAGGAAGAAGAAGACCAAGAAGAAGAGGAAGAGGAAGAAGGCUCUGAGGAGGAGGAUGACGAGGAAGAAGAGGACGAGGACGAAGAAGAACAGGACUUCCCUCCGUCCAAGAAGGGCAAGAAGGGUCCACCUCCGCCCUCGCAGCCCGUCAUGAUCGACCUCACCGACGACUGA